UAAAAUUAAAUAAUUUUAACCAAACUUAACGAAAUGCGGAAAAGUGGGUUAUACAAGUCAGUUUAUGACAAAAAUGAACGACUCAAGCGAAGAGACCAGAAUUAUAGCAAGAACCUCGAGAAACUUCACCAAAGGCCUAGGUAUGGUUUAUUCUCCUUCAAAGCAGGGAUAGAUUCAACCAUUGAGGCUAAAAAGUUUGAAAAUACCAAUAACUUCCGUAAUUUUGGAGGAAAUAAAAAGAACUUUACAACCGCCAAGAUGAAGAAGGGAGGUCUUGAUGGAACAUUGUUCUCCUCUCCUGGUUAUAACUGAGUUGGGGACCCCUACGAGGACCCUAGAAGAUUUAAGCUCAGAUCUGAGAAUACUAAGCUUCGAAGGAACCUUCAUCUCAAAGAUUUCAACACUGGAGGUAAAAUACAGGAAAACCCAAGUACAGGGUUUCUGAAUACGCCUAAUCUUGAGAAAAGAAAUGUGAAUGCUAAUUAUACUUGAGGCCCUAGAGGAUUCUUCACUAAUCCUAAUAAGAAAGGCAAUGGGCCAGAUGCUUUAUUACAAAAGAAAAAUUUCCCUCAUAUGCCUGAUGAUUACGAUAGGAAAAAGAACAUGAGAAGAAAUGAAAAGAUGAAGAACAGAAAUCUUGAUGUUGGAAAUGGGUUUAAGAACGUAGUGAGAGGGAAUAAUACUUUUGGACUAAUCCUUGAUGAAUAUGGAGAAGAUAAACUCAAUAUUGUUGAUAAACCACAAACCACAAAACAUGAAGGCUUACAGCACCCUGCUCCUUGGAAGUAUAAUAACGAAUCAAGGCUGCUCAAGAAGACCUUGAAUGAAGUACCUCCUUACAUUGAUCAAAAGACAAGUAAAGGUCCUAUCCAAAAGAUCAUGCGGAAGCAAAACGAUAUGCCUUGGUACUUCACCUACAACAGGAGAUCAGAGCCUUCCGACUCGAUUCUCCACCAUUUCAAGAACAAGAAGAGACAUAUUUUCCUCUAACUCAUUCUAAGUACCCUAAAUUCUCGUUCCAAAACCCAAAUAACCAACUUAUUUCAGUAUUUUCA